UUGUGCCUCAGCCAUUUUUUUACCAAAAGCCAUGUCAACGCCAUUCAACCUUUUUACCAUGAAUACAGCAAGCCUUGAUGCAAGAAAGUACAAUAAAAGACACCAGUUUUGUGAAGGAGUCAGAAUCAAUGCCACCAAAAGUGAACAGGAUGCCAGUAAGAUAUUUAUGGGGGGACUUUCCCCAGAAUUGAGCAAGCAAGCACUUCUGGAAUACUUGUCUCAGUUCGGUGAGAUAAUAGAUUUUAUCAUAAAAAUAGACCCAAAUACCGGACUCUCUAGGGGAUUUGGAUUCGUGCUUUUUGAAGACAGUUCUCCUGUAGAGAAGGUGUUACGAGUGAAAGACCACAAAGUGGAUGGCAAGAAAGUAGAGUUUAAAAGAGCUAAAGCCAUUGAAUAUCAAUUCCCCAUCAAAAAGAUUUUUGUUGGAGGGUUGAACCCUCAGAUGUCUGAAGAAAAAAUAAGAUCCUACUUUGGCACAUUUGGGCAGAUAGAAGCUAUUGAACUUCCAGUAUGUUCAGAUACAAAGAAAAGAAGAGCUUUUGGCUUUAUCAAAUACAUGGAGGAAAAGCCUCUUAGAAAGGUCUUAGAAACCAGGUUCCAUUUCAUUGGCUCCAGCCGUUGUGAAGUUAAAAUGGCACUCCCUAAAGGAUAUCCUGGACGACAACAACAGAGUAAAAAUAAAGCUAGCACUGUGGUUAGGGGAAAAAAAGCUGUUCCAACCGAUAGAUUUGAAAACCACUGGGGAGGAAGAGACAACCAAAGCUUCCACUUUAUGGCUAACUCAGAUGCUCAAGAAGCCAAUCUAGGUGCCCCAAAAGCUGGCACAAGUACUUUGAGAGCAAAUUCAAAUAUCACUUUAGCAAGUUCCACUAGUUUCAGGAAUACCGCCCGUGAAUACCAGGUAAACCUCAGUGUUUUGGUGAGAAAUUCAAUGGCUUUGGAGGCAAGACAGAAUGCUUUGGGACCAAAUUCAGAUUCCUUUGGGGUAAACAACUAUACUCUGGGGUCAAACCCUAAUCCUUCCUGGGAAAACCAGUAUGCUCUUGGGGCAAGUCCAAAUUCCUUCAGGACAAGCCAGUACAUAUUAGAACCAUACCCAGAUGUUUUGGGAGAAAGCCAAUGUGCUUUGAGGGCAACCUCAAAUGUCUUCUGGACAAACAAGUGUCCUUUGGAAACACACCCAAUUGGUUUGGGGGUAAGCCAGUAUACUUCGCUGGCAAGCCCUAAUGUCAUCAGUACAAACCAGUAUCCUUUGGAAACACACUCAAAUCGUUUUGGGGUAAGCCAAUGGGCUUUGGGGACAACCCCAAAUAUCAUCUGUACAAACCAGUGUCCUUUGGAAACACACCAAAAUGGUUUUGAGGUAAGCCAGCAUACUUCUGGGGCAACAUCAAAUGUGUUCUGGACAAACCAGUAUCCUUUGGAAACAAACCCAAAUGCUUUUGGGUUAAGCCAAUGUGCUUUGGGGGCAAACCCAAAUGCCUUUUGUACAAACCGCUGUCCUUUGGAAAUACACCCAAAUGGUUUUGGGGUAAGUCGGUAUACUUCUGGGGAAACCCUUAAUGUCUUCAGUACAAACCAGCAUCCUUUGGAAACAAUCCCAAAUACUUUUAGGGUAAACCAAUAUGCUUCUAGAAAAAGCCCAAAUGCUUUUGGGGCAAGCCAGUAUACUCUGAGUUCAAACUCAGAUACCUUCAGUCUAAACUACUAUAGUUUUGUGACAAACCCAUAUGAUUUUCAUACAAGUCAUUAUGUUUUGGCAACUACCCCCAGUGUUUUCAGGACCAGCCCAAAUGCUCUGGGUGCAAACACAAAUGCCUUUGGGGCAAGUCAUUAUGAUUUGCGAGCAUCACAUAAUGUUUCUGAUGCAAAUCAAAAUGCCUUUGGAGCAAAUGUGAACUUUUGUGAAGCAAAUGAAAGUGGCAGAAGCACUGAAGGACUUAAUUUGUCUCAAGUAAACAACAAUUUCUUGAAUAUCUACAAUAACCAGCCCGCUUUUCAUGGCUCUAAUGGAGAUUAUUUCUUUCUAUAUAGCUAUUGGGCUUAUGACUUGGGAUCUCUACUUAAUUCCAAUGAGCAAAUAAACGAGUCUUCUCGCCUUGGUAAUAGAUACCAAGGAAUUUAUUCAACAUUUGAAGCCUAAAGAUGAAGCCUUUAGCCAAGCAAUACUCAGUCCAACAAUGAGGAGUUCAGAGACUUACAUGAAGUGGUCCUACAACUGCUUGUUUGGACAUUGUCGCUACUUGCAGCACCUUUUGAAGUAGCAAAAC